CUUGUCCCCGUGCACCGCGCUCCACGGCGCGGCGGGCCCUGUCGCCCUCGCCUGUGACAAAUAUACGUGCCUGUGCCGGCCAGCGCCGAGCGCUCGCGCUGCCAGUUGCCACCCCCAGAGCAGCAGCAGGCAGCAGCAGCAGCUAGCCAACGCACACCACCCUCUCCCUCUCUGUUGUAUUGCAGCUAGCGCGAGCGAGCUGAGGCCCAUGGCCGGAGUCCGGGAAGAAGAGUUCGACGAGGGAGACGUGUGGGACGUGCUGCACGGCGAUCACCAUGAUCAGGCCGGCAGCACGGCGGCGGCGGCGGCGCUCGUGGCGACUCCUCCAAGGAAUAGGAGGGCCAGCGGCAAGGACAAGAAGCCCGCCGUGGCCAAGGGCGACGGUGUGGCUAUGGGCAGGCCGAGGCCGUCGGCGCCGGUGGCCAUCCCGGCCGGCAGCGGCUCGUCGAGGCGCGGCGGCGGCGGCGAGGAGGACGAGGAGGACGGAGGGGAGAUGCUGCCGCCGCACGAGUGGCUGGCGAGGAAGAUGGAGCGGGUGGGCGUGUCGUCGCCGCCGGACCAGGCGUGCAGGGGGCGGAGCAAGGGCCGGGAGCUCACCAAGGUCAGGGACGCCGUGCUCCCCAAGACCGCCUUCUCCGAGCAAAUGUAACAAUGCACAUGCUCAUUGCUCAAUGCUCAGAGCGAGCGAGCUAGCUAGCUAGCUACAAGAAGAUAUGCGUUCAGGCGUUUAAAUUCCUAGCUAGCUUAUCGACAUGCAUGAUCAUUAGCUAGUCUUAAUAAGAGGUAGCUUCUUUUUUGGGCAGUAUCAAGUAGGCAAUUAAGGUUGUGAGGUUGCCUUAAGUAGGUGUAGAAAUGUCAAGUAUGUUUUUCAUGUCUAAUUGGGAUUUGAUGCAACAUAUGCAUGCAUCUUGGCGAUGUGCCUGCUAGCUAGCUCGAGCUGUUGCUUUGGUCCCAUGAAUGUAAACACAUAGGACGUGUUCUACGGCCUUGUUUGUACUACUGUGUAGGCUGCAUGCCAUGCAUUGCAGCCACUGGCACAGUGAGCCA